AUGAAUCUUUCAGAAGACGUAGAUUUACUUGCUGUGCGUACAACAGAGUUGAUUAAGCAGAUAGAUGAAGCAUCUUUUACAUUGCUUUCACGAUUUUGUCAGAUAAUUGAAGUAGUUGAUAAUGAUGCAAAAGAUCAGUGUACAGUAGCUUCUGAAAGCUACCAGAUUGAAACGCAUGCUGCCUCUAUGAUUCGCUCAGCAGAAGAGUUAUUAUUAAUUUCUCGAUUGAUUAAGGAAGCAUGGAUGUUGUGGGAGACAAAUGCUUGGGAUCCCAUACCAGAGCAAAUGAAAAACAUAUCUCCUUUAUCUUUGGAUCAAAUUUUGGCACUGUUAAAUCAAUAUAAAUAUAAUCAAAGUUCUGAAAACACGGAAACUGAACAACAAACACAAGAAACGACUUAG